AUGGAGAACAUUGACAAUGAAUACUCUUAUAUAUGCCUCUGUAUUUGGGAUUUUGGUUCUCUAUAUCGUCAGACUUAGCCACCUCCGAAAGCGAGGUGCACUUCCACUGCCCCCAGGGCCGAAGGGUCUGCCCCUGGUUGGUAAUAUACACGAUCUCCCGCCACAUCGGAGUAGAGAAUGGGAGCACUGGUCAAAGCAUAAAGAUAUCUACGGCCCUAUCAGCUCUGUGUCGACGCCGAGAAACACUCUGAUCAUCAUCAAUGAUGCCAAGGUUGCGAUUGAGCUUCUGGAAAAGCGAUCGGCGCAAUACUCAUCCCGACCUCGCAUGGUAUUUGGCUCUGAAUUGGCGGGAUGGGAGCGCAUGGUCACAAUGAAGCGCAACCCUGUCCAUGUUCGGGGACAGCGAAGGCGGAUCCACCAAUUCCUGGGUUCAGCUAAUGCCCUCUCAUCGUUCUAUACUCAGCAGGAUAUUGAAGCUCGACGAUUUCUUCUUCGGGUUCUCCAAUCCCCUGAACGACUCGUGGAUCAUAUUAGAAGCCAGACAGGAGCUACCAUCUUGAAAAUUGUCUACGGGUAUACCACGCAGCCUCACGGCCGUGAUCCUCUUGUUGAUCUUGCGGAUACAUCGACGGAGCAAUUUGGAAAAGCACAUACGCCAGGGACAUGGCUUGUGGAUAGUUUCCCUCUAUUGAGAUACCUCCCAGAAUGGUUUCCUGGGGCCGGAUUCCAGACUAAAGCCCGCGAAUGGAGAUACACAUUGGAUAAACUGGCUGAACAACCAUAUCUGUUUGUCCAACAACAAAUGAAGAACCGUACGUGCCAGCCAUCCUACGUUUUCAAGCACCUCACACAGGCGGGACCCGACAUCGAUUCGGAGGAAGAAAUGGAAAUCAAGUGGUCGGCAGCGACACUCUACGGAGCUGGUGUAGAUACGGUCAACGGUAUCCGCUUUAUCAUUUUCCUGGCCAUGGCCCUCUUCCCUACCGUCCAGACCAAAGCGCAAAAAGAACUCGACCGCGUUGUAGGGACCAGUCUCCCCACAACAGAAGAUCGCACAAACCUACCAUAUAUUAAUGCAGUCAUCAAAGAAGUCCUCCGGUGGAAUCCUGUUACUCCUCUUGGCGUUGUACAUGCAUGUACGAAGGAAGAUGUAUAUGAAGGAUAUCGGAUUCCAAAGGAUGCAACCAUCAUCCCAAAUAUAUUCUACUCAGAUCCGAUGACAUUCAACCCCGAGAGAUUUCUGGAGACGGAGACCCAUCCCGCAGAAAUCGAUCCCCAUAAUCUUGCCUUUGGACUCGGUCGUAGAAUAUGUCCCGGUCGUGGGUUUGCUGACUCUACCAUUUUUUUUACUGUCGUGCGGUCAUUGCAGGCUUUCCGGAUUGGCAAGCUUGUCAGAGAUGGAAGAGAGAUCGAACCCGUUGUGGAUUAUCUGCCAGGGGUGAUUAGUCACCCCAAAGCUUUUGAGAUUUCUAUUACACCAAGGAGUAAAGAGCAUGAGUCGUUUAUUCGUUCUAUUGAGAUAGAGCAUCCGUGGGAGAAGGGGGAUAUCGUCAUUGUUUGA